CCCCAGAAAACUCCCGAGAUGAGGAAGACAAAGCGCCACUCUUCGACGAGUUUUGGCAAAGACCAGGUAGCUAUCUUAAACUUUUCGAAACAAGCGAGAACAAACAGUAAUGUUAAGGUGGAAGUCCAGUCACCGACCGACGAGAGACGUUUAUCGCGAAGCUGCUCUCAGGAACCCAAAUCAAUCUUGGACCCGACUACAAUAUCACCACCUCCGGCGCUGGGGAGGGAUGUGAUGGCUGAACACGAAUUGCGUUCAACACUCAGGGGAUACACGACCUUACAGUAUAUUGCAGGGAUGCACGAUAGCAUUUGCACUCGUAGAAUAGACUCGUCCCUAUCUCCUUUUGGAGUGCAGUCGAGAUUUAGCCGCAG